AUGUCCAGUGCGGCACUUCGUACCUCGGGCGGUUUCGCUGUCUCGGACAAGGUCAUUCCCGAGUUGGCCAAGGCCGCCGACGUGUGGACCGUGUUCAGUCCGUUGGCCGGCUACGUGCCCAACGAUGCCCUCAAUCUUGGCCAGGGUCAGCCAGCUCCACCUUUGAAAGUAUCUGCACUGGCGGUCAACUGAGCUGACAUCCCCGCAUCACCCACCGCAGGCUUCAUGAACUGGAACCCACCCGACUUUGUUCGCGAGUCCUACUCGCAAGCGCUCCAAGAGGUUCCUUCGAACCACUAUUCGUUGCCCCGCGGACGCAUCAACCUUAGGAAUGCUCUGAGCAAGACCUUGUCCGAGUCGUACGGACGAGAACUCAACCCCAACUCCGAAAUCACCGUCACCGCCGGAGCAAACGAAGGUCGGUCUAACCCCACCCACGGGGCUACGGGCUGAAUGACGUGAUCGGAGGAGCUGAAUGUAUGCAGCAUCUCUUUGUGCGCGCGCAGGCAUGUUUGCCUUUGCGACUGCGUUCCUGAGGGAAGGGGACGAGGUCAUCCUGUUCGAACCUUGUGAGUAGUUGCCUACGAUAUCGACAGCUGCGUGCUCGAUCCAAGGCUUAUCGAAACCUGCCGCUCCGAUCUCUCAGUCUUUGACCAAUACAUCGCGCAAAUCAAGUUCAACGGCGGCACGCCCGUCUUUAUACCUAUCCGUGCACCCGAAGCCGCUUCGACGUCCAGCGUCUCGGCCAACGAUUGGAAGAUCGAUAUCGACGAGCUCGAAAAGGCCAUCACCCCACGCACCAAGAUGAUCUGGAUCAACACCCCUCACAACCCCAUCGGCAAAGUCUUUGACGAGGCCGAGUUGACCGCGAUCGGCAAAGUCGCCGAGAAGCAUGAUCUCAUGAUCUUGAGCGACGAGGUGUACGACGUCUUGACGUUCGACAAGAUGAAGCACGUCAGGAUAGCUUCGUUGGGCGAUUUCUGGAAGAGGACCGUGACCGUUGGAUCGGCGGGCAAAUCGUUCGCCGCGACGGGAUGGCGCGUGGGAUGGUGCAUCGGUCCUGCCGAACUCAUUACCCCGCUUGUAGCGGCCCAAACACGUAUCGUCUUUGCCGUCAACUCGCCUGCGCAAGAAGCAGCAGCCAAAGGCCUCCAUCUCGCUCAAGAGAACAAGUUCUUCCCUACCCAAAUUACCGAAUACGAUGCUCGACGAAAAGUCCUACUGAAAGCAUUGGACAAGCUCGGCUUGCCUUACACAAUCCCUCAUGGCGCUUACUUCGUCCUGCUCAAUACGGAACGUUUGCAAAUCCCCGAUGACUUCAAGGUCUUGGAUAUGAUCAAAGAUCGAGCGAGAGAUUGGAAGGCGGCUUGGUUCGUCGCGCAAACGGCCAAGGUCGUCUUGAUUCCCGUCACGGACUUUUUCAGUGAGGAGCAUGCUGGGUUGGGAGAGAACUGGAUCAGGGUCGCGUUCUGCAAGGAUGAGGCGACGCUGAAGGAAGCCGGGGAGAGGCUGCUUAAAUUGAAGCCCUUUGUCAGAGACGCCUAG